AUGAGAGAACCAGCUGCAGAGUGGGUGGGGGUGGGGGGGGGGGGGGGGGGGGGGGGGGGGGGGUGGGGGUGGGGGGGGGGGGGGGGGGGGGGGGGGGGGGGGGGGGGGGGGGGGGGGGGGGGGGGGGGUGGGGGGGGGGGGGGGGGGGGGGGGGGGGGGGGGGGGGGGGGGGGGGGGGGGGGGGGGGGGGGGGGGGGGGGGGGGGGGGGGGGGGGGGGGGGGGUCCUCGGGACGCUCGGCAGCAACCAGAUCAGAGAGAGCCGCAAAGUGGUCGAACGGAGACAUUCAGCGGUCUAA